AUGUCUGUGGUCAACUUCAAAAGAGUCAAUUAUUUUAAUGGUAAGCCAUUGGAAAUCAAGGAUGUCAAAUUAGACACCGCAAAUUUGAAAGAUGAUGAAAUUUUAGUUAAAAUUAGCCAUGCUGCUUUAAAUCCAGUUGAUUUAAUCUUACACCAUUCUUCAUGGGCUUUUUUCUGGAAAACAAAUGUUAAAGGUAUUGGUCGUGAUUAUUCAGGUGUCGUGGAACAAGUUGGCUCUAAAAUCACAGAGUUUGUUGUUGGUGAUCAAGUCUCAGGUCUUUUUGAACCAAUUUAUACCGAACAAGGUACAGUUUCACAAUAUUUAAUUGUUAAACCAUCAGAAUCUCCAUCUGGAAAAAUCCCAAAGAGUUUGACUUUAGCUGAAGCUGCAUCAUUCCCAUUAGUCUUUGCAACUGCUUAUAGCACUGUUAGAUCAUUCCAUAAACCAACUGAGAGUUCAAGAGUUCUAGUCAUUGGUGGUGCCACAGCUGUUGGUUACUAUACCAUUCAAUUAUUAAAAAAUUAUUAUCAAGUCAAGAGUAUUGUCAGUAUCAACUCAUCAUCAUCUGAACCUUUAGUCAAAGAAAUUGGUGCUGAUCUUGUUGUUGAUUAUGCUAAAGGUAAUGUUGGUCAAGCUGUUAAAUCAAUUGUUGAUAAUGAAUACCAAGGUGAAAAAUUCGAUUUAAUCAUCGAUUGUGUCGGUAGUAGUGAUAUUUUCCCAGUUGUCAAUGAUGUUCUGAAACCAAAAACCACUGAAUCUGGUUUUGUUACUAUUGUUGGUGAUAAAAUUGCUGAUUAUAAUCAAUCUAUGUUCAAAUUUUUUUCUUGGUCGCUUAUUUCUAAAUUAAUUCCAUAUUUUAGAACAUAUAAUUAUGGAUUUGUUACAACUUGUUCAGAUUUCUAUCCAUUAGCUACAAAAUUAUUUGAUGAAGGUAAAUUGAAAACAUACAUUGAUUCAGAAUUCGAAUUAGAAGACUAUACAGUUGCUUUCAAGAAAUUAGCCACCCAUAAAGCCAGAGGUAAGGUUUUAAUCAAACCAAAUUAA